ACAACCUCACACUAAGACAACCACAGCAAAAAGACACAAGGAAGGGGAAGAACAGAGCGUGCCUUGUACGUGGUACAGUGAAGCACAAGCCAUCCAGCAUCAAGUAUGACAGAACAGCAGGGAAAUCCAGAUCAGCUGCCUGCAGAUAAAGGCCAGGGAGGCGCCGGAGCCAUAUACAAGUUGGUGGUUUUUGAGUUUGAAAACUUUCGUGGAAAGCAGCUGGAGUUGUCUGGUGAGUGCAAAGACAUGCGGGAGAAGACAGAGAGAGUUGGCUCAGUCAUUGUGGAGUUGGGACCUUGGGUGGGAUUUGAGCGUCCAGGUUUUGCAGGAGAGCAGUUUGUGCUGGAGAAAGGAGAGUAUCCCCGCUGGAGCACUUGGACCAAUGACCAGAACAUCUACAGUCUGAGCUCCUUCAGGCCACUAAAGUGGUCAGACAGUGCAGAGCAUAAGAUCCAUCUGUUUGAGGACACAGGCUACGAAGGCAGGAAGAUGGAGAUUGUUGAUGAUGAUGUCCCCAGUCUGUGGGUUCAUGGUUUUCAAGACCAUGUGGCUAGUGUGAAAGCUGUCAAUGGAACGUGGGUGGGAUACAUGUAUCCAGGCUACAGAGGGCGCCAGUAUGUGUUUGAGCAUGGAGAGUUCAAACACUGGAAUGAUUGGGGAGCCACUGCACCUCAGAUCCAGUCCGUCCGACGUGUGCGGGACAUGCAGUGGCACAAAAGGGGGUGCUUCACUGUCCCUGUCCCUGCCCCUGACCCUGCUCCUGCUCCUAAACCUAAUCCCAGCCCCAAGUCUCAACCCAAACCCAAACCAUAACGCAACACCUCCAGCUCCACCUACAGCAAGAGGAUCAGAUAG